AUGCCUCAACUCGACCUCAGCAACCUCAACACCGUCCUCUGCAUCCUCGGCCUCUACGUCCUCGCCUACGCCUUUCUCUCCGUCAAGAUCAAGCAGUUCUGGUACCUCGGCGAAGCUCUUCCAGCAGUGAUCGUCGGCAUUGCUCUCGGCCAGGUCGGCACGCGAUGGAUCGAUCCGGAAGAUUGGGGCAUGCAGAUGGCGAAUGGCUCGGAGCUGCAGAACAACAUCACCUUGGGCAUGUGUCGCAUUGUCAUCGGCGUGCAGCUGGUGAUUGCGGGAUUCCAGCUGCCGGCACAAUACCAGAGGCAGAGAUGGCGGGCCAUGGCGAUAUGUCUGUUGGGGCUCAUGACCAUCAUGUGGCUCUGCACCAGCGCCUGCAUGCUCGCUGCCGUCCCCAAGCUGACGUUCCUUGCAGCAUUGGUGAUCGGGAGCUGUGUUACAUGCACCGAUCCCAUUCUCAGUCAGGCUGUUGCGAAGGGGCCGUUUGCGGACAACGAAGCAGGGGCAAACGAUGGUUUUGGCUUCCCGUUUUUGAUGCUUGCGGUCUACCUCAUUCGGCAUGCGUCCAGUCCGGAGUAUCUCGAUGGCGAGGCGCACGCGGAGCGCAGCGUAUUCACCACAAGCGUGCUGUCGGUGCGACAAGAGCACCAAGACAUUCACCGUCAUGGCAUUGGCAGACUUAAAGGCGGCGUGGGAGUGGCCAUUCGGAAUUGGGUGGUCGAAACAUGGAUCUACUUCAUCCUACUGGCCAUCGUCUACGGUGCCGUCUGCGGCUUCAUGAGCAUGUACGCGACCAAGCUCGCCUUGCGCAAGAAAUGGAUCGACGGCGAGAUGUACCUUCUCUGGCCCACCGGUCUCGGCCUCUUCCUCGUCGGCACCUGCGGCCUGCUGGGCACCGACGACCUCCUCGCUUGCUUCGUGGCCGGCAACUGCCUCAACUGGGAUGGACAUUACCUCGAGGAAACCGAAGUUCGGCAUGACGAGGUCAACAGCUGCAUUGACGUCCUGCUCAACUUUGGCGGCUUCAUGUACAUCGGGGCGAUUCUCCCGUGGGAUGAGUUCAGCAGCGCCGCAACUGGCCUGACGUACGGCCGGCUCGUUGGCCUGGGCUUUCUGGUGCUUCUCUUCCGCCGCAUUCCAGCUGUCUUCGCCCUCUACAAGACCAUGCCAGAAGUCUGCGGCGACUGGAAGGAAGCGCUCUUCAUGGGCUACUUUGGCCCCAUUGGCAUUGGCGCCGUUUUCUACGUUGAGCACGCCCGGCACCUCUUUCCCGAACCGGGAGAAGCCGAAACGGAAGAAGAGAACAACCUUGCCGCCGCCCUUGCCCCGGUUGUCUAUUGGCUGGUCUUCUUCAGUAUUGUCGUACAUGGCCUCUCCAUCCCGGCGCUCAAUCUCUUCCUCAAAUGGCGUGGCGUAACUCCCCUCAUCGACGAAAAGGGAGGUGUCGAGAUGGACCUGCUGAGCCGGCAUUCCUCGAUCCCCAAGAACGCGCGCCGCAGUGUCAGCCAGGGCCGCCGCGGCAGCGUCAUCGUGCACAACCGCUUCAGCCGCGUGUCCAUGUCCAACAUGGCGGAGCAAGGGGACGCCGGGCUCUCAGGGAUUUCACGCAGAUGGCCACAGGGUAUCGCGUGGGACGACGACGAUGCCUUGUCGCGGUCGCAGAGCUUGGCGCGGGAUCAGAGUCCCAAGGGGAGGGCAAGAGGGAGGUCGGAUGCGCAGUCUCUGCGGCCGUCGGUGCGGCCAAGGGAGAUUUCGUUUUUCGAUGAGCGGUCUGCGUCGGUGCCUGAGCCGUCGUUUGGCAGGGGUGUACAGGGCUAG